GGAAGACUUGAUAUUAACGCUCUUGAUGCAUGGUCAAAGCUAUUAAGCUCAGUGCUUUAUCUGGAGGUCGAAAAAAUGCAAUACGAACGAGUGGUCACGAGAACUCUGACAUGGACGUCCGUCUCCAACCCAUUUAUCUCUUUCGGUCCGCUUUCCCAGCAGAUUCAUAUUUAGGUCAGAUAUACUGUACCAGAGAUUCGGACACUUUCUUGCCUCGCCACCACCUUCAGCUUUAUUGAAACCGUCACAAUGACUACACCAUUUGUGCCCCUAUUGAAAUUGAACACCGGGGCAUCUAUUCCUGCUAUCGGCCUUGGUUGCUUCACAGGACACGACGACGAGAAGAGGAGGAAAGUCAAAGACUGGGCACUGACCGCCCUCAAGGCUGGUUACAGGCAUUUGGACACCGCUUGGAUGUACGGUACCGAGAAGGCUGUAGGAGACGCUAUAAGAGAGUUUGAUAUACCCCGGGAUGAAGUCUUUGUGACGACUAAACUACCUUGGCAUCAUCCUGGGUACGUUCAUGAGUCUAUAGACGAAAGUUUGAAUAGUGCUGGCUUCGAUUACUAUGACCUAUACCUUGUCCACUUCCCUCAAGCAUGCGAAUAUCCUGAGGGGCGCGGAAGACCGCUAGACCCUGACGACCCGUAUGCUAUCAAAGCACUCGAUAGCCCUACCUUCAAUGAUACAUGGGCCGACAUGGAAAAAGUGCUUGCCAGUGGCAAAGCCAGGGCCAUUGGCGUCAGUAACUUUUCCAUCAAGACACUCGAACAACUUCUCAAGACGGCCAACGUUGUUCCUGCUGUCAACCAGAUAGAGCUGCAUCCUUACUUGGCACAAAAUGACCUCCUGGAAUACUGCAAAGAAAAGGAUAUUCUUGUCACAGCAUACACUCCAACAGGCUAUGAAAUAGUUCGCAACGAUCCUAUAGUUAACCAGUUGGCCUCUAAGUACAAUGUAACUGCCACGCAAAUCAUCUUAGCGUGGCAUGUCGGGAGAGGUUGUGCCGUCGUCCCCAAGAGCGAGAACGAAGGACGUCAGAAAGAGAAUAUCAAUUUGCCAACGUUGAGUGCGGAAGACAUGGUGAUAAUAAGCAGCUUGGAUCGGAAUCAGAGAGUGUGUAACUUUCCCAAUGAGUUAGGCAAAAUAUACGGCUGGACGCCGGAGCAGUUCGGAUGGUAGGAGCUGGUAUGUACGUAGUGGUUCGUAUGCUGCCUCAGUUCCUUUCGACAUAUGCAAUGGAAUUUGAUCUUGUUUUCGCGAGAGUCGGGGUAGGAAGUACGAGUUCACUCAC